GAUAAUUCUAGACGAUUGACAAUUUGAUUGUGAAGAAGGUGAAAUUUUGAGAUUAUCCGUGUUUGGUGGCACACAUUCAAAUCCUAUACACUUGGAUUGUACAAAAUUUAUAUUUUUUUACAGUUGGUAAUAACUCAAUAAAAUGUAAUAUAUGGGCCCAAUAAUCCCAGAAGGCUCGGUGACUGAUAACGAAACAAUUGACUGUGAGUGAGAAUGAUUUAUGAAAGCCAAGCAGCGGGACUGCGACUAGGCCGCAGUAAAGUGUAAACAACAAUGAUAUCUUCCAUGGCCAGAGCUUCUUCUGCGCUGUCGUCGUCCAUAGCUCCCAAGAAUCCAUUAACAGUCUCUUCUACCUCGAAGCUACUCAAUCAGUUUUCCUUCAGGAAUCGCAUCUCGUUACCUUAUUCAGUCCCGUCAAAUGGUAGCUUUCGGUGCUUCGCAUCCCCAGCCGCCGGUAUCGCUCCAAUCGAAACCGAGAACAAAAUUCGGGUCCAAAACCCUAUUGUUGAAAUGGACGGUGAUGAAAUGACGAGAGUAAUUUGGAGCAUGAUCAAGGAGAAGCUGAUAUUUCCCCAUCUAGAAUUAGAUAUAAAGUAUUAUGAUCUGGGAAUACUGAACCGUGAUGCCACCGAUGACAAGGUUACUGUGGAAAGUGCUGAAGCUACUCUUAAGUAUAAUGUUGCUAUCAAAUGUGCAACAAUUACUCCAGAUGAGACCAGGGUCAAGGAAUUUGGACUGAAGUCUAUGUGGAGGAGUCCCAAUGGCACAAUAAGAAACAUUUUGAAUGGUACUGUUUUCCGAGAGCCUAUCCUUUGUAAGAACAUUCCCAAACUAGUUCCUGGUUGGAAGAAACCCAUUUGUAUUGGCAGGCAUGCAUUUGGAGAUCAAUACCGUGCCACAGAUACUAUCAUUAAAGGAGCAGGAAAGCUCAAAAUGAUUUUUGCUCCAGAAAAUGGGGAAGCACCGGUGGAACUCGAUGUAUAUGAUUUCAAAGGCCCUGGGGUUGCCCUUGCUAUGUACAAUGUUGAUCAGUCUAUUCGUGCAUUUGCUGAAUCAUCGAUGUCAAUGGCAUUUUCAAAGAAAUGGCCCCUGUACUUGAGCACAAAAAAUACAAUUCUGAAGAAAUAUGACGGAAGGUUCAAGGACAUCUUCGAAGAGGUAUACCAGGAGAAAUGGAAGGCAAAGUUUGAGGAACACUCAAUAUGGUAUGAGCACCGGUUGAUAGAUGAUAUGGUUGCUUAUGCCGUAAAAAGUGACGGUGGUUAUGUUUGGGCUUGCAAAAACUAUGACGGAGACGUGCAGAGUGAUUUACUUGCUCAAGGUUUCGGUUCUCUGGGCCUUAUGACUUCUGUUUUGUUAUCCUCUGAUGGCAAGACUUUAGAAUCUGAAGCAGCUCAUGGAACUGUGACUCGCCACUUUCGGCUGCAUCAGAAGGGACAAGAAACCAGCACAAAUAGUAUAGCUUCCAUUUUUGCAUGGACCAGAGGACUAGGCCAUCGGGCCGAACUUGAUGAGAACAAGAAACUCAUGGAUUUUGUUCAGAAACUAGAGACUGCUUGUGUAGAGACAGUAGAGUCAGGAAAGAUGACCAAGGAUCUUGCACUGUUGAUUCAUGGACCCAAGGUUUCAAGGGAGUUGUACUUAAACACCGAAGAGUUUAUCGACGCCGUAGCCCAUAACCUCAGAUCAAAGAUUGCUGCUCCCUCGCUUGAAUAGAUUGCUCAUUGAUCCACAUUUCAUUCUUUUGGCUAAAAUGAGAAUGCUUGUGAUCUUCUGAGGAACUGCUACAUAUGUUGCCUUGUCCAUGAAUGCAAUUCUUGAAUUUCAUUCACACUUAGAGAGAUGAAGAAACUUACUUACUCCAUUGUUACUUCAUAUUUUCACUAAGAUUUGAUACACAUUUGUUAGUUAAGUAUGGAUUGAGUAUGCGUUAAUACAAUUGUGUAUUAACAUAAACGGUUAAUACAGAGUAAUUCAUUUGUGUAUGCGUACAAUUUGUAAAACU